GAAUCCCAACACUCGGUGUUAGUGGUGUAGUGUGAAAAAUCGACCGUUCUCGUUGCUUUUGGGUUAAUAAAAUUGUGUCCGUGAUGAAAAUCAUACCCAAGCGGGUGAUCUGUAGUUAAAAUAUGUACAGUUGUUAUAAAACCAACCAAAGAAGAAAAUGAAUUGUCAUCAGAUUCUCAGUGGUGCUUGCAAUGCUGGCGAUCGUUGUUUUGCUGUUGGAUCCGUCGAAGGAGUUCCUUUCACAGCAUACGCGGCAGGAUGCAAUAUCGUGGUGCUAGCGAGCAAUUUCGAGCGUGUCCAAAUUAUACCCGGUGCGGUGCACAAUUAUAUUCGCAUCUCGGCACUCGAUGCCAGUACGGAUACUGGAAAGAUAGCGGCCGCCUACGAGGACAAGGUAUGCAUCUUCGAACCAACACCGCUAAUCCACACGGAAAGGGCGUCAACUCAUGGAUUGGAAUACAAAUGGGUCCAAACUGGAAGCUUGCAAGCAUCGUCGCAUAUCAGUUCGCUUUCGUGGAACCUUGAGGGGACACGAUUGCUGACGGGUGGGACGGUGCUUCAGCUGUGGCACGAACGUUUAUCCAAGCAGGAUGAUGAUGAGCCAAGCUCGGUUAAAUUCGAAAUCGGUGGAGAACGUGAUCCAAAAACGCCUACCGGCGAAGAAGAAUCCGACAGUAGCUCGUGGGAUUGCGUGUGGAAAUGUCAUACAGCAACCCCCGUUCAUCACAUGGCGUUUAGUCCCGAUGGUACAUUGUUCGCAACGUCUGGUAAAAGCGAUCGUUUGGUUAAAGUGUGGUACGAGAACAAAUACACCCUGUUCCCAAAUAAGAGCUUUGAUCAGUCCCAAUCGCAACAGAGCUUCGUUGGUGCGCCGGAAAUUAGUUACGGAUUCGUUUACGUCGCUCAUCCGCGCGCCGUCACGCACCUAUCAUGGCGCAAAACGAGCAAGUACAUGCCAAAGGGAUCUGUCUCUAACAUGCUGGUGACAUCGUGCCUGGACAACAUCUGUAGAAUUUGGGUAGAAACCGUGCUGCCGGAAGAUGGGUUGGUGAACAUGAACCAGUUCGAUCCAUUAGCAUCACAGAACCCAAAGUUUCGUACCCAUCGCCAUAAGCAUAGGUUCAUGCAACGUUUGAAGCACAUGAAAACAUGUUUCCAUAUUCGGCGGCACGCGAAACAUAGCGGCACUGGAGGAGCGAAUGGAUUGAAUGGAAUGGGUCCCGGGUUCGGCGGGCCCGGAGCCAGUUCAGGGUUUGGUAAUGCACCUAUUCCAACACUACCAUCGACCUACAGUGUGCAUGAUUUCCAUUCGUACGGAUACCAUGGUACCGGCAUGAGGUCUGGAUUGCACUUCCAUCUUGCUGCUUCGAUUAACGCCGAGACGGAUAUACCGUUGGUACCAUCGAUGCAUACGACCGACCCCUCAACGCAGCCCAACUUUAUACUGCAUUGGCUUAACAACAAAGAGAUGCACUUUACACUACAAGCAGAAGGAAUACUACAAGAGAUGACCCGCAAGGUGAUCGAAAAGGAGGAAAUGCAAAAUGCCUCUGGAAGCAAUAGUGAAGGUGGCGGUGGCGUUGGUGCAAACGACCCUGGUGGAAGUCUUCUGCUGGAAGAAGGCUCGAUAACUGAGCACCAUCGGAAGGGGCAACUGAGAAGCACACUUUCUCAGGAGGAAAGUAACAGUAGUGAAGAUCAUCCACCAUUGCACUCGCAGCAUCGUUCACAUUCGAUUGGAGCGGGAUCGCACGUCGGGUUGCCCAGUCAUCAUUCGCUAUCGAACACAACUUCCAUCAAUUCUUUGGCGAACGACGGUAAUUUGCACGUAACGGAUUCACUAGACAUGAAGAUCGACUGUUUGUUACGUGACUGGCAACACAGCCCGGACCUGCUGUUUUCGAUUCAUCCAAUUGACGGGAGCUACCUGAUUUGGGUGGUAGAGUGGUUGGAUGAGUAUCAUCCCGGAUCGUACCGCCAGGCACAGGUUUCAUUUUCCACCCGCAUUCCAUCGGCUUUCCCGUUGGGUGAUGCUAUGUCGAUGUCGACAACGGUUGCACUAUACAAUACUGGCGGAAAUCUAGGUUUCCGUGAUAUGAUCAUGCGCGGCCCCAAAUCGUCGUGUUCUGCCGGUGGACAAAACAUGGCCGGCGCACAAUUGGAUGUCAUUAGUGAUUGUGUAACGUCGCUUCCGAGCGUUAUGGAGGAGAAUGAAGCUAACGAGGAAGAUAAUGCUGAGCAAACGAGCAAUGCGGAGACCGAAGUUCCCGGUGGUGAAGCAACAGGUGAUCAUACAGCCAAAAAAGAUCAUGCAGGAUCAGAUGGUGGUCCACUGGAGCACGCCGACAUUUUAACUGCACCACCCUCACCCACCAUCUCAAUGGUAACAAAGCAUUCAAAUGGAACGCUUAAUCUGUGGCAAUUAACAUUUGCCGAUCGGAGCAAGUUUUCGCAAGUGCUCAGUAUCGGUCACGCCUCGCGAGCCUCCGGGCAUCGGUUCCGUGUGAAUGAUAUAACGUGUCAUCCGGUACUGCCGCUACUGCUAACUACGUCCCAUCACAACAUACCGGACAUCCCGGCCGGUGACACAACACAGUCCGGUAAUGGGGUUGAUAAUCGUUCGUUGGGAAUGCAUCGCUCAAAGGAUGUAUGUGCUCCAUCUGGAUUCUGCUCCGAGCUAAUAUUGUGGCGGGUAGACGCUGUUGGACCGUUGUCGCAAUCCGGAGGUGUUAGUGAGUUGGCGCGCAUUAAUUCACCAGAAAUAUCCGCGUUCAGCAACGUUGCAUGGAUACCGACUUUGCUGCCCAGUACGACGCUCGGCAAUCUAAGCAAUUCACCAUCUGCCUGCUUCGUCGCCAGUGACGGGGAAUGCCUGCGGGUGUACCAGGCUGUUAUUGACGCACGCACACUGCUGGCUGAGAUAUCGAGCUCCGAACGACGGUGUCGAAGAAUGGACUCGCUGAUGUCACUAUCUACCGAGUCGUCGGAGAACGCUGGAAUGUUGCCACCUAUAUUACACGAUAAGAUUAAGAUCGUGUCUCAGCAAUCCACCGCCCGUCCCGGCUGCAUUAUACAGCUCGAUGCGAUCGAUGACGCUACACACGAUUGGCAGAACACACAAUUCUUGCACGUGUUUCAGGAACAAUUGAUCACGGGAGAGCGAACGGAACCUUCGAUCGAUCCCUUCGGUGCCUCAAGCACAGCCUUUCCUAUCGGAACCGGUCUUGAGGCAGAUGGUUUAAAUCCAGACCUUAAGCCUACUAUUGGCCUAAUGGAUGGCGGUAUGGGAGCAAUGGUGGAUUUGCAGCGCAACGCUCAAUUUGAGCAACCGUUCUAUCUGGUGGUGUUGGAACGUACUCAAAAUGGUACAACUUUGCACAUGUGGCGCAUUGUAAUCGCUUCGCAGCCUGCUGCCGCCGACGAAAUGAGCAGCAGUAUGAUGUACGUACCGGAUAGCAACCUUGUGCAGGAUUUGGAUGAUCCAGAGAAUGUUCAUCGGCCAUCUGUAGUGCCAGAAGAUAUACCCAAGAGUGCUGCCCAUACCCGUGCUCCGCUGGAUCAUGCUUCACAUGUAAAUAUAUCCACGACAAAAGUGUGCACGCAGGAGCUACCGCUUCCGGAUGGAGUGGAUGUGAUCCAUGCUGCUCCCGCUGCUGGUCAUUUAAGUUCUUCUUCAAUUUACCCUGCCUGCUUUGCACCUUAUAUAAUCGUGACGGCGUGUUCCGAUUCGACGGUGCGCUUCUGGAAGUGCAAAAGCAUCCAGCGUAAAGAAGGCAAAGGUGAUAGUGAAGACGGCAGUAAUCAAGUUCCUCGAUACGAGUGGUGCGAGUGGGAAAUGAUCCGCAAGGAUCAAGAAUCGACAAUCGAUGUAAAUGGACAACUGUUGCAUAUUAGUGCAGCGUACUCGGGACGAAUAGCUUGCGCAUACAAGUACGGUAAAUCCUUUACUCGACCUACGAAGAGCAGUGAUCCAGAGACACGCUUCGUGAACUUGAGUGUGGCUAUUUAUGAGUGCGAGUCAACUGGUGGUAGUGAAUGGGUUUUGGAAGAUACAAUUCACCUAAAAAAUAUUCACCUUCCACGCAUACAGGCGGAUCAUAACUUGGAUUUAAGCUACCUAUAUGACACACGUACACUGCAGAAAAAGCAACGGCUAAAUCAAGUGCUGCAUACGCUUUCUCACGACGAUGCGAGAUCUCCGCGCUCUGUGAAUGGAGAUGUAACGCCUGAGGCUCUUGCAAAACCGGGAACGGGCCUGUUGGCUGUCCCGAGCUUCAGCACCCUGCAAUCACUGCGUAAGAGCAUCACUGAGCAUGGUAACACAUGCCCGAUUACGCAGAAACAUCUAGUACAGUUGGACUGGGUAUCCAAGGAAGAUGGUUCGCACAUUCUUACCGUUGCGGUCGGUAGUAAAAUCCUUCUGUUCACGCCUGUGUGUAGCGAUUUGGCACAGUCUAACAUGAAAGCGAUGAAAGAAUCCCAAUCAACAAACCGUCCUCUGCUACGUAAAGCUAGCUCGCUGGCGCAACCACAUUUUAAUGACGAAAUUCGCUGGAUGAAAUUGCGCCAAAUAGAGCUUACUACAGCGGAUGGUUUACCGCCAUUACCGAUGCAGAUCUCCUGGGUAAGGGACGGCAUAUUCGUGGCUGGAAUGGACUCCGAGAUGCAUGUGUACUCACAGUGGAAGCCACAAAGCAAUAGUUUGUACAACGUGAAUCACCAGCUAGACAUUGACGAUAUGUAUGAUACGCGUAACUUAAAGGAUGAGGAUCUUCGCUCGAUGGCGCAGGAUAGCACCCAACGUCGGCUAGCAAACGUAUCCUCAAUGCCCGUACUAUCACGCGUUAGCUCCAUCAAUCUUAACCAGAUGCUUUCGUCUGCGGACGCUAAUAAGAAGAAAAAAGCUCUCGGUGCGGCUAGCACCGGACAGAUUGGAGCCGUGACAGCUGCCGCAACUGCUGCUGAUCAACAGCAAUCUCCUGGGCAUCACGAUUAUAUGACCGAUUAUGGAUUAUUCGAGGCUUCCCGAAUUGCCUGUCCGGUACUGCCACAGUAUCAUCCUAAACAGUUGAUGGAACUGUUGAACUCCGGUAAAAUCCGCUGGGUAAAGGCGAUUUUGGCACAUCUCGUCCGUUGCAUCAGUGGUUCGUAUACUGUGCGCGGUUGUGGAGGAGACGAAGAAAGCCUCAACCGACAGCGUGGUUGGUCUAGAACUCGCACUCUUUCCAUUAGCUGUCCGGCAGGCACCGUUAGUCCUCUUGAACCAAGAGGAUCGACGACACAGAUCCCAGAAGAACUUACGCUUGACUAUGCGGAAAUCACAUCCAUUCCUCCCUUACCGCUGUGGACUCUUCUUGCUGCAGAUAAGGAAUCGACUAGCAGUAAUUUGCAGCAAAAUGACGAAGUGAAGGAUUACAAUGAACUGUUCGAAAGUAACACGGCAGACGAAUCUCUCGAUGAUUUGUUGGAUGAUGAGAGCGGUGGUGGCGAAAUGAACCGACACACGGACCGAAGAUCGUCGCUUCCGGAAAAACAUUACCUCUCGCAUUUUGGACCCCGUCAAGGACAGCUACUUUCGCGACUGUUGACGCACACUCAUCUCCCAGGACUUUCGUCAUUGGAUCAGAUGCACUUGCUGGCAUUGGCCGAUACAGUAUCGACAUGCAAUAUAGACUUUGCCGAACGUUUUGCUAUCGAUGCAGCCAAAACGGCAAUAGCGAAGGAAAAUUUGACCGGUGUACCAAAUACGGAAAAUGUUUCAACCGAUUCAUUAGAUGACUGUGGGCUCCGAUUCCUGCUGGCGAUGAAGCACUAUAACUAUCUAUUGCGUUGUCUACCCAUUUCACAACGCCAUUCGUUCCAGAAGCAGGGUGUAGGUACGUCCAACAUCGUGUGGGCAUUCCACUCGGAAAGCGAGGAAGAGCUGCUUAAUCUGAUACCGUCGUACGUGAAAGGGCAACCAAAGUGGCACGUGCUGAAAGAACUUGGUGUUGGUUGGUGGCUUCGCAACAACAACUUACUGCGCCAAUGCAUCGAGCGUCUGGCAAAGGCAUCGUUCCAGGCGAAUCAGGAUCCGCUCGAUGCAGCCAUCUACUACAUGGCUAUGAAGAAAAAGUCGGUUGUUUGGGGACUAUAUCGUUCAAAAAAAGACGAAAAAAUGACAUCGUUCUUCGCCAACAAUUUCUCCGAUGAUCGCUGGCGAAAGGCGGCAUUGAAAAACGCGUUCGCGCUGCUGGGAAAGCAGCGUUUCGAGCACGCCGUUGCCUUCUUUCUCCUUGCAAACUCGCUCAAUGACGCACUAGAAGUUUGUUUGACAAAGCUGGAAGAUUUGCAACUAGCGCUGGUUAUUACAAGAUUGUACGAAGGAGAGCACGAUCCGACACCGCCUAGCUUCAAGAAACUGCUGUACGAGGAAGUGUUGGGUUGCGAUAAAAAUGGUGAAAAUCAGGACCUUAGCCGUGCUCACCCAGAUCCGUUCUUACGUUCUAUGGCACUGUGGAUUUUGAAAGACUAUACGGGUAGCCUGAGUACGUUGUUGGACAGUCAGAUUGGUAGCAUGCAUCCUCUAUUCGAUGACGAAAGUGCCGCCCUUGGCAAUGCAUCCCAUCAUGACGCUAGUCACUCAACGAACCCCAAUGUGUUCAAUUUUUACGUGUACUUGCGCACACAUCCAUUGCUCAUAAGGCAACACAUUGCCUCGUCAGCACAGGACAAGAAGCGAGCACAAGUCGUGAUUGCCGGUUUCAGCUAUGGUGCUGCUGACACUAGCACAGCUUCUGGUGGACUAGCGACGGACAAACAAAUUCAACUAGAGGACUCUAUUACCCCACUCGAGCGACAACUUUACUUUACCACUGCCCAUGCGCACUUCAAAGCGGGUUGCCCAGCCUUGGCGCUGGAGGUGUUGAGUAAACUGCCGACCAAGGUAAUCGAUCAAGAAACGAGCAACGCGCAAAGUCCAGCUAGUGGACCCGAUUUAAAAAUACAGGAUCAAAGUACGCUCAUUGCAACGGGUACUUUAGAUUGGAGCAGCCAAACCAGUGGUAAGGAGACAGCCACAUCGUUUGAUUGGGGUAGUAGCAUGGGUAACAGUACGGCCAUGGACUGGGGUGCACCAGUGUCCUCUCAAGUGAACGGAGGAGAAGAUGAUUUUAAGAUAGUAUGGGACGAUGAUGGUGCAGCAGCAGAAGAUGAAAGCAGUGAUGACGAUGGAGGUAUACAGAUAAAGAAAAAAUCGGAACCAGACAGCCUUCCGCUCAAUAAAAAUGCUGAAACAGCGUUAGGAGACGAAGAAUCCGCUACCAGUGGAAGUCUAGACAUAAUGGCUCAGCAGCUAAAGUUUAUUGCAUGUUUAAAAAUUCUUAUGGAGGAACUAUCGACACUUGCCACGGGCUUUGAAGUCGACGGGGGUCAGCUACGAUAUCAACUAUACGUAUGGUUAGAGCGUGAAGUGGAAGCUUUGAAGCAACUGUGCAAUUACAGCACCGGUGACUCGGAAAAUACCGCUAUUGAGGAUACGACGACAGCAGAUGCAGUGGAUCGCGAUACACCCGUUCUGGCGAACAAAUUCCCGCACGAUAAACCGACGUUACAUGAAAUUCUAAUUCAGGAGAAGCAGGAUUUCGAAGCCAAAGUGCAAAGAGCAGCAAGACGCAAACGAUGGUUGAAGGCCAACGAAACACUGCUUCGAACUUUGCUAAGCUACUGUUCAUUGCACGGCGCUAGCGGAGGUGGUUUGGCGUCCGUGCGCAUGGAACUAGUGCUGUUGUUGCAAGAGUUGCAGCAAGAGAAAACGCAACAGCAGUUGCUGAGUCCGUUACCGUUCCCGACUACGUUGCCACUGUUGAGUGCUUGCGUUGCCGGUAACAAAACAGUGAUCGCAGACCCACUGCGCUAUCUGCAAUCGCACACGCACGACAUGCUGCAAACGAUGGUUAACAUGCGUACACCGCCGCACAUGAACCGUGCGUACACGUUCCCGAGUGGUAUCUUCGUCCUGCGUGAUCUUGCUGUGGCGCUUUCGGCCUGCAUCUACCAAUCUCUGUGCGACUCGGACACGUUCAGUGUGAAGCAGUCAUCCUCGUCAGUCGACGGUGGCAGCCAGGGUUGCCACAGUCCCGGCAUGGAGACUAUUGCAAAACUGAACGCGAGUUGCCAGAGUACGCAUUUGAUGGCUAACGCGGCCGCUCACCAGCGACGCCGCAAGUACUCGACCGAUGAACCACUGGCAGUCAGUACACCGCCCUCCAAAUGGCCCGGGGUGACAAAUCUUCGAGCGUUGUUGGCACGAGAGAAGGACGAAGAUACACCACGGUUAAAUGUACUGCUGUGUGAAUCAUUCGUGGCCGCAUACAUGGCCCUGUUCGUGUACGCUCUGACCACUUGCGACAGUCAUAUUCUGUAUCGCCUAGCCGGGCAGAACUUCUCCGACAGCUCCUGGUCGACAUUGUUCGGCGGUGGUGUAAAGAAGUUGUUGCGUAAGGCUACCUCACAUGCACAAACAGCGCAGGCAGUACAAGCACAGCUGCAGCAAGAAAGCAUGGAGGCCGCUGGCGAGACAGGAACCAGUGCGGAAGGUAGCGUUUGGGGAGCGGUAACAUCGCUGACGAAGCACCGUGUGAAAUUGAACAUGAAAUUGUUGGGACCGUUCGCCGGACCACAGGGUGCGUCCAACAUGAAGGAAGACAAACCAACGUACCGGGAACAGUUUGUGCCACCAGAAAUGUCCAUGGUGUCAUACUUCCUCACGAAACCAAUUCCGAAGGGCCUGGGAGCGGACGAAGAGGAGUACGAUUCGGCAGAUUCCGCAGUGUCUGAUCUAGACGAUGAAGAUGAGGAUGAGGAUGUGUUCAACGAUCCGCUGAACAACGAUCCCAAAGCUUCACAAGUAUCGGCAGCGGUCAGAAAACAUCGACUCGAAAACACCGAACACUCGAAUCCGAAUUCCUAUUCUUGGUGUAUUAUGCGUUACGCUUUAAUACGCGUGGCGCAGAAUCAAUUGCAGUCGUACAUUGCUAUCGCCGGGAUUGAAAUGCAAGAGCUUCCUGUCAGCAGUCCAUUAGUGCAUGGGAUAUUGCGAACACUGUCAUCAUGGCAGGAUCUGCUUAAAGAAGAGUUAGAAAAUCGUGGCCCCGCAUCAGUUGAUUACAUUCCAGGGUGCUUCAUUGAAUCCGAAGCAAAAGGCCCAGCUAUUCACAAGUAUCGCUCACUACUUGAACGUUCGAAUACCCCAUUCAGCCCUUGUUUAUCUGCAUCAGCACCGGCUAGGCGGCUAUGGAACUAUCUGGUGCGCAUUGAAUCCGUGCAAGAAAUUUUCAUUCGGGCUGUGUUUGGCAAGAAAAAAUCGACUGCUAACGCAUUCGAUUCUACUAUGGGAGGUGGAUCGGUUUCCGCUUCGAUCAAUGAUUCCGGUACACCAAUCGGCCAUGAAAAUAAUGGAAACGUAGCUGGAUCUCACCAGCAUAAUCAAAACAUUCCAGAACCAGUACGGAUCAUACAUAAGGACCAAGAACAAAUAUCUGCCUUCUGCCUUAAUAUGGUAAAUCCUGGUUUGCUCGCGCUUGCAACACCAAGAGAAGUGCAAGAAAUGGAUAUCUCAUUACUCCUUGAAUCGCCCAACUGGAUGGAAGAUGAGUGUGAGAUGGACAUCAUGAACCUGUCCAAGGAUAUAGAAUCACUUGCUUCUAGCAGUUUCUUGGUCAUACAAACCUCAACGGAUAAACAUCUGCUUAACCAAAACAUCAGCAGUGCUCAAAACUACGGGACACCUUCAAGUCCUCAACCUGGAAUUGCUGGACAAUCAGGCCGUGGAGCAUCAGUGAUCAAAGGAGCGACAUUCCCCGGUAGUCAGUGCCCACGGUUCUGCAAGCUGGUUAUCGAUCGUUCCAAACAUUUAUUGAAACCGGUGCUGAAACAUAAAGUGGAUAAUAUUAAACGUAUGAGUGCACAUCCGUUGAUGCCAUUGUAUCUUACUGGCGGUCAGGACGGUUCGGUACAGAUGUGGGAAUGGGGCCACCAGCAAGUUGUGUGUACACCACGUUCACCGGGGACGUUCGCAAAAGUUACUCGCUGUCGGUUUUCACAGCAUGGUAAUAAGUUCGGUAUUGCAGAUGGCGAUGGUAACCUAAGCCUCUGGCAAGUGGGUCUUGCAAGCCAAAGCAAUCGUCCCUUUUUCACGUAUCAAUGCCAUAAUAAAGGAAUCACAGAUUUCGUAUUUCUCGGAUCAUGCAGUUUGGUGGCAACGGCUGGUCACAGCUCGGAAAGCAAAAACGUAGCCAUAUGGGAUACACUUUUACCGCAAAAGAAAGCGCUGGUAGCUGCCUUUACAUGUCACGAUCAAGGUGCUUCUAGUCUAGCAUAUGCACCUCAGCACCAGUUACUUAUUUCGGCUGGCAAGAAAGGUGAUGUUAGCAUAUUUGAUGUUCGUCAACGUAUUUUACGACACCGGUUCCAGGCACAUGAACAUCCAAUAAAAUGCUUGGCAAUUGAUCCAAAUGAGGAACAAUUUGUAACCGGUUCGGCUGAUGGUGAUAUUAAGGUUUGGGGUCUAUCAGUCCACACCCAGCUGUAUAGUUUCAUGGGAGAGCAUGCCCGGAGCAGCUUUUUCAAGCACAUUGGCCAGGGCGUUACUCAACUGCAAAUAGACCAAGGAGGACGAUUAUUUUCCUGCGGUGCAGAUGGUUCGAUGAAAGUGCGACAGCUACCUGAUCGUGAAUCGAUCGUUCAUUCGUUGUAUUAAGGGAGGUAAAUUCCUCGACCCCUUAGUUUUCAAUAACCCACGGCGUAAGGCUUAUGUAAAGAGAAAAAAAAGAAAACAGGAAUAGAAACGAAACAAACUUUCCGCAGUAGCGAGAGACGAACUGUAGAAAUUCAUUACGAGUAUUUAAAAAAAUACUAGGGCUGACAAAGAAGUUGAGCAGGGAAUCCUGGUCGAGUGAUUGUUUAUGACCCGUAUUAACCUAAACCAAUAAUUGGGCUGUUGACAUACAUAAAUCAUUAUUCGAACCACCUCAGUGUAGAAGAUUUAAGAACGGUUUAUAUGAUGUUGUUUUAUUCCGAAAGCUUUUAACUAUUUUUGCUCUAUAUCUGACAUUUAUUCUUAGCUUGAUUUGCCUGAUUUCGAGCACUUAUUGCUCGCACACAACUAUUUGAGAUAUGUUUUGCUUUAGCGUUGUAAUCCGCAUCUAGCAUAACUUAACUUAAAGGUAAAUGAAGAAGAAUGUGACUGAUAUGUGAGGAAACGUUGGUGAUGGAAAUGAAUAAAACAAAACGAAAGCAUUACUUUAGAUGAUUCAAGAGAGAUUUGAUCGCUCCCAUGCAUUGAAUGAUUGCGAUCGUUGUGAGAAAAUGCUUCGAAACAAUGACAAAUACAAUGAGGCAUAGGAUAUAAAACAACAAAAAUUGCAACACACCGCAGACAAUACCGCUAUUGAGAGAUGAUAAUGUUAUACCAAAAAAACGGAUCCAUAUUAAAUUAAAAUUAACUGCAGUCCGCGUACAAUUUAAUCGAACACGUAGGAAACGGAAAGCUCAGAACGCUUUUUCGGAAAUUUAUAAACGGUAUAACGGACUUGUAUUCAUGCGAUCGAAUGUCAGAACAGAAAUGUAGUUUAGCGCCAAGUCGCGAUCGUGCUACAUUCGUACUAUUGUGCUGUUAUUAUAAAGGUCAGAUAGAGCGUGAAAUAUAACUAUAUGCAAUGAAAGGGUAUGUAAAAUGUUAAGCUUAAUAGUUAGCACUGAUAAUCGACUAGUAUUAAGCAAUUAGUUGCAAUUCCUUGGAGUAUUGUGUACGUCAACAUUAUUCCAGUUAUGAUUUUAUCGUUGAUACUACUAGAUGAUGCUAUUAUUUUGGAAUAGCCCAUUGCUAUCUUCUGUUUGAAAUGUUUAUAUACAUCGUGACUUAUCAGAUAAACUGGAUUUGCGUUGAGUAGAAUUAUGUUGGAUAGGUAAUUCGCUGUUGAUUUUAUGCCUUGAUGUUUAUUCCUCUUUUCGCAAAUAAGUUUACUAUAUUUCCUGGAUUAAAUGAUACCUAAACUAGUUCCAUCGUCGAAUGUUUUAACGGUAGCGAUAAAUAGGCGCGAACUGCUAUCAUGCCAAUAACUGUUUCAAUAACUGAUGCUCCAACUGAAUUUCAAAAAAGUUACAUAAAUGCCGCAAGUGUACGUGUGCGUUACAUUGUUAAACAUAAACUCUAUUGUUACUCUUUAUCUAUCCAAAACUAAAGAAUUAUUGAAUGUAACUGGUGCAACAGGCAAACAUGAUAUACAAUGCAAGAACCGGUAAAACUCUCGUUCGACACGACACUAAAAGUAAAAUAAAACUACAUAUACACGAUAUGAUACACACGAAAAUUUAACAACGUAAUGAUGUCCCGUAUGUGGUUGAAAAUGCAGAUGGAAGAACAUGUUAGUACAUUUUAAUUGGAAAAUGGAUAUAGGGGUUUUGGUUGUGAAAACCUGUAUCGUAAAUAAAUCACAUAGCAGCAGAAUGCAACAGAUACUCAGACCGUAGGAUUCAGUAGUGCUGAGCAGAUUACGUUAACUGAUGUGUAAGAUAUGGUACAACAAAAUCAGAAGUACUUUUCCUUCAUCUACGCCAUGUAUGUCGUAUUGCACCACCAUUGUCGUUGGUUUAAGGCUACAUAAGGUGCAGCAUACACUCCUUAUUUGUUUUACAGUAUGUAUAAUGUGUUUUAAAGCUUUUUGCAGAGUUAACAGAUUUUGUGCAAAAACACUUGUUAAAUUAAUGUGGUCAUACAUUCAUCUGGCAUUAUCCAUCCACUAUGUUUUUACAAUACGUUGAAAACCAAGUGCAAUCGAUGUAGUUAUCUUUUCUUCUAUAAAUUCGCGCUUUACUUAAAACAAUGUCAUAUUCAAAAAGCAACUGAUAAUACGAUAAGAAUCACAUAAAGAAAAUGCAUGAAAUAAUUGAUGUAAGAUUAUUCGUUAAGCAAUUGUUUUUUUUGUUUC